AUGGAACACUUCGAGCAACCCCUGGAGGGGAUAUUCCGCGAUGGCAUCCCCGCCCCGGUGCUUCGGGCCUUUGCCCCCUUAUACCAGGCCAUCCCGUCCCUGCAGGAGAAGGUCGCUAAUGCCAGAGACUGUUAUUACUGGCGUGCCAACCCCUUCCGGUGCGUUGACGAGGAUGUCGAUGUGGUGACAUCGUUCAUGCAGGCCUCCGAAACCGCCUUUCGGCUUUGUCCGCAACAGUCCGCGACACUGCUGAAGUGUCACAUGACGGAGCCCACCCGCGCCGUGUUUUUCUGCCGAGACGAGGAGUGGGAGUGGCGGACGUGUUUGAUGGACCAGACCGGGAUGCGGUUUUGGCCUUAUGCGAACGCCCCGAUCGGGGCACCUUGGUCGAACGGCGGCCAGACAGAGGAUUUCCACCUAGAAGAUCGCUUCUUUUACGAGAACUUUUCGUGGUGGAGACGGCGGUCGUCUAUGAUGGCAGUCCGGCAACGUGAGCUAGAGGUGCAGUCACAUCGGAAGAAAUGGCAAGAGGAGCUGAAAAAGGGAGGGCCCACUCUACAAUCCCCUGAACCCACCAUAGCACCUAUAGGCAUUAACAACCGAAUUAGUUAG